UCUAUCAUUGCCAUGACGAGACUCGCUACUAUUGCAACUUGCAAUUUGAACCAGUGGGCCAUGGACUUUCAAGGGAACCUGAAAAGAAUCCAGCAGUCCAUUGUGGAAGCCAAAGAGAAAGGUGCCCGCUAUCGUGUUGGACCAGAGUUGGAAAUAACGGGCUACAGUUGUGAAGAUCACUUUCUUGAACCGGACACCUUUCAACAUUCUUGGGAAGUAGUUGCUGAGUUGAUAGCUUCAGGAGUAACUGAGGGUAUGUUGGUAGAUGUUGGCCUGCCCAUUUUACACCGGAGUGUUUCAUAUAACUGUCGUUGUCUUAUUUGUGAUAGACAUAUUGUUCUUCUGAGACCGAAGCUGUUUCUUGCCGACGAUGGUAACUAUAGGGAGUCUCGUUGGUUUCGAGCAUGGAAAAGACGAAGUGUUUUGGAACAAUACAAACUACCUGAAGUUAUAGUGAAUAUAACUGGUCAAACAACUUGUCCUUUUGGAGAAGCAGUUAUUGAAGUGGAAGAUACAAGUCUGGCUGUAGAAACUUGUGAAGAGUUAUUUACAGUCGACUCUCCACAUAUUAAGUAUGUUUUGAAUGGUGUUGAAAUACUUGCAAAUGGUUCAGGAUCGCAUCAUCAUCUUCGAAAACUUGACCAACGCUUAAGUUUGAUACGUGGAGCAACUUCAAAAGGAGGUGGAGUCUAUUUGUACUCAAACCAACUUGGAUGUGAUGGUGGAAGAUUAUAUUUUGAUGGCUGUGCUUGUAUUUGUGUCAAUGGUGAAUUAGUUGCUCAAGGGUCUCAAUUUUCUUUGGAGACGGAAGUUGAAGUUAUCGUUGGUGUUGUAGAUUUAGAUGAAGUGACCAGUCAUCGUGUCGCACUUGCCUCUCUUGGAGUACAAGCAGCAGAAAUGGAAGAUAUUACGAGGAUUACACUUGCUGGUUUUUAUCUUUGCAGUUCUUUGGAUAAUAGUGUUGUGAACACUGUUCCAUCGCAACCAAUUCAGGUACGUAUUCAUCAUCCAAUGGAGGAGAUUGCUCUUGGACCAGCCUGCUGGUUGUGGGACUAUUUGCGUAGAAGUGGAGCCUCAGGUUUCUUUUUACCCCUAAGUGGAGGAGCUGAUUCAUCAUCUACAGCAGCAAUAGUUGGAAGUAUGUGUCAGUUACUAUGUCGUGCAGUACAAAAAGGAUCUAUUUCGGUCUUGGAAGAUAUUCGUCGCGUUUGUGGAGAGCCACAUGACUCAAAGUAUGUACCAACAGAUGCACGAGAGUUGGCAUCGCGUAUAUUUCAUACUUGUUUUAUGGGUACCAAAAACUCAUCGAAAGACACCAGAGAAAGGUCCAAAGUUCUUGCCAAAGACAUUGGUGCAUAUCAUUUGGAUAUUCAUUUGGAUAUUGUUGUGGAUGCAAUGGUGAAACUCUUUUGUUUGGUAUUUGGAGAGGACAAAGAGCCACGGUUUAAAGUUUAUGGAGGAAGUGAAACAGAAAAUCUUGCCUUGCAGAAUAUUCAAGCUAGAAUCCGAAUGGUUAUUGCAUAUUUUUUUGCACAAAUGUUGCCAUUUAUCCGAGGACGUAAAGGAGGAGCGUUAUUGGUCUUAGGAAGUGCCAAUGUGGAUGAAGGACUUCGAGGUUAUUUGACAAAAUAUGAUUGUAGUAGCGCAGAUAUCAAUCCCAUCGGCGGUAUUUCAAAAGUUGAUCUGAAAGCAUUUCUCUCUUUUGCUGCUAAACCUCUUGAGGAGAACGGAUUGGGAUAUGCAUCUUUGAAAAGUGUUACUGAAGCUCCUCCAACAGCAGAACUAGAGCCUAUUACUGCGUCUUAUACCCAGACAGAUGAAGCAGAUAUGGGAAUGACUUAUGAAGAGCUAACUUGGUAUGGUCGUCUUCGUAAAUUGAGUCGUUGUGGACCAGUUAGUAUGUUUUGCAAGUUGUCAAAAGUCUGGAAGCAUCUAAGUUAUACACAAGUUGCGGAUAAAGUAAGCUUCUUGUUCAUUUAUAUGAAAAGUGGCUCGAACAUUUUUCAGGUCAAAUUUUUCUUUCGUAUGUAUUCUAUCAACCGUCAUAAGAUGACAACUCUUACUCCUUCCUAUCAUGCUGAGAACUAUUCUCCAGAAGAUAAUCGCUAUGACCUUCGACCAUUUUUAUAUAAUAUUCGUUGGCAAUGGCAGUUUUCGAAGAUAGAUCAACUUGUGCAAAAGUGGCAGUUCACCCAAUCGAACACCAAUAGGAAAGAAUAGGAAUGCCAGUAAGAAGGAGACUUUCUUUAUAAAUG